UCUGGGGCCCCGGUGGAAGCCAGAGCCGCGGCCGCCAUGGCGCUGCGCGCGGUCAUUUUCGACCUGGACGGGGUCCUGGUGCUGCCCUCGUUCGCCCGCGCCCUGAGCCGCACCGAGGAGGCGCUGGCGCUGCCCAGGGGCUUCCUGGUUGAAGUGUUCCUGAGUGGAGGCCUUUCCGGCUCCGGUGCCCGCCUGCUGAGGGGUGAGAUCACGUUUUCCCAGUGGGUGCUCAUCCUGGAGGAUGCCUGUCAGAAAUAUUACCAGAAAUCCAGCAUCAGCCCCCCUGGGGACGCCUCUGUCAGCCACGUGGUGGCCGAAGCCAUUUCCGGGAGGACGGUCAACCCCCGCAUGCUGCAGGCUGCGCUGGCGCUCAGGAAGAAGGGCUUUGUCACCGGCGUCCUCACCAACAACUGGCUGGACGACAGCCCCCAGCGGGGUGGCCUGGCCCAGCUGAUGUGUGAACUGCGGCCUCACUUUGACGUGUUCGUGGAGUCCUGCCAGGUGGGCUUGAUCAAGCCACAGCCGCAGAUCUACAAACUCCUGCUGGACCGUGUGAAGGCCAGCCCCAAGGAGGUCGUGUUCCUGGAUGAUAUGGAGCUCAACCUGCAGCCGGCCCGCGACCUGGGAAUGGCCACCAUCCUCGCCCGUGACACAGACUCUGUGCUGAAGGAGCUGGAGGCUCUCACGGGGCUGCAGCUCCUGCACACAGCUGCCCCCCUGCCACCCCCUUGCCAGCCCAGUGACGUGAGCCAUGGCUACGUGCCCAUCAAGCCUGGAGUGAGCCUGCACUUCGUGGAGAUGGGGUCUGGGCCCCCGGUGUGCCUCUGCCACGGGUUUCCUGAGAGCUGGUUCUCCUGGAGGUACCAGAUUCCUGCUCUGGCGCAGGCGGGCUUCCGAGUACUGGCUGUGGACAUGAAGGGCUAUGGAGACUCAUCAGCCCCACCGGAAAUAGAAGAAUAUUCCAUGCAAGUGCUGUGUGAGGACAUGGUGACCUUCCUGGAUCGGCUGGGCCUUCCCCAGGCGGCGUUCAUCGGCCACGACUGGGGGGGCAUGCUGGUAUGGAUGAUGGCCCUCUUCUACCCCGAGAGAGUGAGUGCGGUGGCCAGUCUGAAUACCCCCUUCCUGCCAGCACACCCUGAUGUGAACCCCCUGGAGAAGAUCAAGGCCAACCCCGUGUUUGAUUAUCAACUCUACUUCCAGGAGCCGGGAGUGGCUGAGGCCGAGCUGGAGCAGAACCUGAGCCGGACGUUCAAGAGCUUCUUCCGAGCAAGCGAUGAGACUUUCCUUGCUGUGCACAAUGUCCGAGAAAUGGGGGGGCUGUUCGUUAAGACCCCACAGCAGCCUGGCCUCAGCAGGAUCACCACGGAGGAGGACAUCCAGUUCUACGUACAGCAGUUCAAGAAAUCAGGCUUCAGGGGUCCUCUAAACUGGUACCGGAACAUGGAGGCGAACUGGAAGUGGAGCUGCAAGGCCUCGGGACGGAAGAUCCUCAUCCCUGCGCUCAUGGUCACCGCCGAGAAGGACUUUGUGCUGCACCCCGACAUGACCAAGCACAUGGAGGACUGGAUCCCCCACCUGAAAAGGGGACACAUUAAGGACUGUGGGCACUGGACCCAGAUGGAGAAGCCCGCGGAGGUGAACCAGAUCCUCAUCAAGUGGCUACAGGAGGAAGCCGGGCAGCCCCCCAUGACCUCCAAGCUCUAGCCCCCCUCGGGUCCUCCUCUCCUGGGACCUUCCCCCUGAGUCCACAGCAUUGCUCUGGGGGGCUGCCAGGAAGGCAUCUGAAUCCGCAAUAAUCAGUCUCAGGGGUCGCAGGACCGCGGCCACUUCCAGCCCAAGCCCAGCCCGACACUCUCAGGGCAGUUUCCUCUGCCCGGGGGGCGUGUCUGCAGAGCUCUGGGCUGCUGCUCAGGGAGCCCGCCUGGGACAGCCUGGGCCCAACUCUGGCCCCACUCUGGGGCUCUGAGAUGGCUCAGGUGUGUCCCAAGAGGAGCCGCCCGCCACUCGAUCCCCCCACACCCCGCCCUUGCCCCAGCUUUGCUCCCGCUCAGACGCCCACCCCGUUCUCUGCAGCACUGACCGCAGGGAGCAGGUUGGUCUGUCUCCACAGGGGGCCAGGGGCGGGCUUCCUCAGCUGAGCCGGGUGUUUGGGGUGCUCAGCUGUCAUUUUUGUCUAUUUUAAGUAUGAUUUUCUUCUAAAACAGGUGAUCUGAAAAAAAUAUUUUUCUAUUCCUUGUGGUACAGAUUCACUUUUUAAUUGAUUAAAAAAAAAAAAACUCCCAUUAUUGGGGCCGGAGUGAUAGGACAGGAGGGAGGGCGCUUGCCUUGCAUAAUGCCAACCUGGGUUCGAUCCCCGGCAUCCCAUAUGGUCCCCUGAGCACUGCCAGGAGUAAUUCCUGAGUCCAGAGCCAGGAGUGACCCCUGAGCAUCGCCGGGUAUGGCUCCCAAAGGCAAUAAAUAAAAGGAAAGUAAAUAAAAACAAAAAACAAAA